AGCUCAUUAACAGAGACACAAAUAUAAUAUGCACACACAAAUUGCUAUUAACAAUUAGCUAUAUCUCUUUCUUUUCUUGUUUACCAUUAACCUCUUAAAAUUUAUCAGUUAUCUUCAAUUAAACUUAAAACUUCUCGCAAUCGACUGUGAACUAAUGAACCUGUCAAAGGGGUUUGUGUCGAUAAGUAAAAGAUGCUUCUUACACUAUUCCAUAAUAAAACAAAAUAAAUUCUAAUACCCCACAAGUGACGCCAUCCUCUUUACCCCAAAGUACACUCCUCUAUACAUGUCUAUUUAAUCAAUGCAUACUCAAUUGGUCGUCUAUAUAUAGACUCUCGUCUCUCAUUCAUUGAGUAAACACAGAAACAGACUUUAAAUCCACAAAGACAAGAAGAUAACACACACAAACUUUCUCGUCCUUUGUCAAUAGAGAAGAAGAAGAAAAAGAAUGAUGGAUACUUUAUCUAGAUGCUUCAACGGACUUCAAGAAAGAUACGAGAGCGUUCUAGAAGCAAAAUCAAUUUACAGGGAUGACUUAGACAUAACGUUGCAUCUGAAUGCAUCAGAGGUUUCAGUAGAACCCACCAAGAAGACUCGUUGCUUGCAGAGGGCCAAGAGGAUUGACAAGUCCCUCAGGUUCGAAGAGGAGGAGGAAGAGAUAGCAAAGCCACUGGCCAAGAAAGAAGGUCAAAAGCCGCGUAAGGUUGUGAGGUUUCAGUUAGAAAAUAAUAAAAUCAUCGAGCCGAAGAAGCCGGUGACAUUGGAUCUUGAUCAAGAACUUGAACCGGAGGAGAAGCCGUUGGAGGAGAAAGAGGGUUUGCAUAUAGUCAAAGGGAAGGAGGAGGUUGUGAGGAUUAAGAUCAAGAUGACAAAGAAGGAAGCUCAAAGGCUACUAGGGAAAUGCAAAAACGAUAGUGUUUUGGAUUUCGAGCAUGUGGUGGAUCAGAUAGCACACGUCCCGGUUCAUCACCUUCAAGUCUCUGUGGCUGUGGUUGCUUGUAAUAAAGAGCGACAGGAAAAUGGCAGCUGGUUAUCUAAGAUGGAAUAGUUUUUAGUACUUAAUUUUGGGGUUUGUUUACCAAAGUUCUGUAGUGUUAGGGUUAUAUCUGUAAUGCUGUGUCAUUUACUGUUCUAGUAAGAAUGAACUGGGGAAGAUUUGAAUAUUCAAAUAUGAAAUUUAUAAUCUGAUUCUAUAUAUCUCGAUUGUGGAUAACAUUAGAUUUUUUUUA